AUCAAAGGUAGGGCGAGAGAAGGUUUCUUGUAGGUUUGGACGAUCAUAGGCAAAAUCAAAAUCUGAUCGGAGUUUUCUGCUACUCUCAGAUUGGUUUUUUUCUUUUGUUUUCAAAAUAUGAAUUGCGAAGUUUGUCAGCUGAAGGAACUGGAAGUGGAAUCAUUUGAGAUACGCGAGGUUCUACGCUGCAUUCUACAUACCAUAGUCUUCCACCGAGCACUCGGUCUUAUCCGUCCUAAAGAUGUUGAUUUGGAGCUUUUUGACAUCACUUACGUACAAUGUGGUGAAAUAGAAGUGGAAAAGAAGAUUGAUGACAGGAUUGAUCAUUUCAUAGCCUGGAUUGAUAAACACCCCAACAACAAGAAGCCUCAGUUAUGUGUUUCGUUUUAUAAAGCCAAAAGCAAACAGCCAUGGUACUCUAGUAAAACUGAUCGCUCCUUCUGGGAACGCUGGUUCAUCAAUCUUAAUGUGGUUAUGGACCUUGGAGAUGCGUCUGAGGCGAGAAGUUGUCGUAGGAAACAGCUUGAGCAAUCACUACAACAAGUCUUGUUCCAAAUCAUUAAAUUCGUUAAUGAGAAAAAGGAUCAUGUUCCUCCUAUCAACGAGGGUCGUGAAAUCUACUGCCCUUUUGAGAUCACUAUCCCAAGCUCAUCGGACUCAUCCUUUGGGAAUGGUAUGUGGAAGAGGAUGCUCCACAGUGGUGGCCAUCCAUCCAUGAUCAGUUGAUUUGAUUCACAUAUAUAUAUGUUUACUUGCUGCUGCUUCUCCCUAACUCAAAUCAACAGACUUUCCUACUUGCAUUUCUUAUGUAAGUAAAGCAUAUAAGCUUGCCUCUUCCUUCGUUGAUGGAUGUUAAAACAGAUAAAUAAGUGAUC